UUUCUUUGGUAGGCUUGCGCAUGCGUGAAGGUGACACCUAUCAAAUGUUUCCCAGUGUUUUUUAUUAACUAUUUAGAAUUAGAAUUUCUAUAGAUCUCAGGCAAAUAUUGUUUUGUAUGAUCAUGGCCUUUGUAUAUCAAGGAGAUGCUGAUUUAGAAUCAAAAUCCAAGAAAGCUGCUGAACGGAUUUCUGAGAAUAUGCACAUUGUCGCCAAUGAACCUUCGUUAGCUUUAUAUCGAUUACAAGAACAUGUUAGAAAAGCUUUGCCACCAAUGGUGGAACGGCGGGUGGACGUCACAAAGCUGCAGCAUGACCUACAAGGACGGUGCUAUGAUGUCGAGUAUGCUCUGAGUGCUGUCAAAUCAAUGGAUGCAGCUGCUACAAGCUUUCAAAACAUCCAGGAAAUGAUAAAACAAGCAAUAUUUUUAAAACAACAGCUAAAAUAUGAAGAGGCUAGAAGAAAUAAAAAAGAUACAAAUUCUGUGUACAAACGUCUCUCUGCUCACAUUGUUCUCGAUUUGCCAGAUCUUUCUGAUUUCUCUAUGGUCCGUGAAACCACUAAUAGAAUUGAAAAUAUUAUGGCUCAUGCUAGAGGAUCUAGUAACGAGUUGCAUAGAUCCCAUACAACUUUGCAUUAAGUUUUUAAACCUUAGAAAUAAUACACAUCUAAAUGAAGUAUUACAGUGAGCGAUAGCUGUAUUAAUCAAAUUUAGAUAUUCAAGUGUUAUACUACUGAGGCGUCUAUUUAAAUUUUUCACAAUUCAAAUGCCUAAUUUUUCUAAAAUGGCUUAAUAUAAGAAAGUGUUAAAUAUUUUUA